AUGGCAGCAAGUACACGUUCAAGCAUCACAAACAACGGUCAAACAGUGAAGGAGCUCCAGCAGGAUUCACUAGUUAGCCAGUUUUCUCGGAAAACAUCGCUGAAAAUGAGCAAGAAGAGAAGAAAUGAAGACAGAACUACUCUAGCAGAGGCCUUUAUCCAGUUUCAAAUUCAAGUCAAAGGCAAAGAAAUUGAAGAAUUCAACAAUGAAAUAAGUGAGCUGGAAGCCAAGAACCAGAAACUCACUGAGCUGCAGGACCAGCUGAGAGAGGAACAGCUGGCUCAUAUCCGUGAGCUUCAUAAGCAAGCAAAGGAGCAGGAGAAGAAGCUGGAGCAGAGGGAGGUGGUGAACAAGGAGCAGGUGGAACAGGCCCAGCGGCACAACUUAGAGCUUACACACAGCCAGGAGGAAGAGCUAGAAGAGCUGCGCAGGAAGCUGGAAGACCUGAAGCUGCAGGUUACAGAGUGCCAGAAGGAACGGCAGGUGUGGCUGCACUAUAAGAGCGUGGGGAGCAUCGAGCAUCAGCAGCAGAUCCAGAACCUGCAGUCAGAACUAACCGCUCUGCAGAAGAGCUUUGAGGAGAUGUCAGAAAAUAUCAAGCAUUCUCUGGAUGCCACUUUCAAUAAAAUUGACGAGAACACAUCUCAGCUGAUUGAUGAGAAGAAGCAGCGGGCUACGGAGAGAGCAAUAAAACAGCUGGACAAAUCCAGUUGCCAGGAGAUCAAAGAGAAUGACUGGCUUAAGCGAGAGCUUGUUAUCUACCAUAAGGAAGUCUCUAUAAUGGACACAGCGGUGAGGAGACUAGAGGGGGAGAACUUGGAGCACAUGAAGCAAAUUUUCGAGCAUCGCCUUAAUGAUCUGCAGAUAUCAAGGAACGUGUUCCUCACGCAGGCCGCAGGCUUGGAGCAGAUGGACUCAUCCGGUCUGGAACAGUCUGUGCAGAAACUCGCUCUCAUAGAGACAGCAGAGCCGGGAAGCGCCCCCCUGCCUCCCCCCAACUCUAAAUCGGAAGCUAGGGGGGCACAGCGAAAGCAGGCUGUGGAGUUGGAGAAGGAUAAAACAGAUCCCAGCUGCAAGCCCUCCUCCCCUCCCCACGACCUCACCGUGCUCCUCUAUGGCAGCCAGAACGACCUCAGGGAGCUGCUGCAUCUGGGUCCGCUGGAGCAGAAGCUGUUGAGCGUGGUGGGUCAGGCCGUGACCCUGUACCCUUCACCCUCUGACAGUGAGGAUUUAGCCAUGUCGACACACACUGGACCUUCACACACACAAGACUGGGCACUUACCACUCGUACCAUCCGGAGCAAGUUCCAGUAA